AUGCUCUCCUCCAUGAUCGCUUUUCCUGCGUAUGACACCCACCACCAGGCGUUCAAGUGUGUGUACUCCUUCCGUGAAAUCCGAAACUACCAAAGCGAGCAAGAGUGCGUCUUACUUGCCCUUCUCAAUCAGUUCUAUGGACUCACCUUUACUCCACACAAAAAGCAGACACUCGUCACUGUUCCCUUCUUCAGAAUUCUCACAAUCAAAGACAAAGACACGAUCUAUUUUAAGGAACUUAUUGAGAGACGGAUUAACGAGAGACUCAACGCCGAAGUUGUUGAAGGUUCAAGUCUCAAAACGGCAUUAAGAAGAUGCGAAAAUUAUCGAAUUGUUGACACAAUUCAUAUCCUUGCAGACAUGUUGGAGCUAAAGGGAUUUGAUUUUGAUGUCCACUUGUCUACUGGAAAAAGAGGGACUUUAAAGGCUGAGUCGAUCUUCGGUGUAAGAGACCAAACAGACUCUUUCUUGUUUGACCAAGAACAAAUAUCAAAUUUAGGAGGGGAGAUAUCAAAAUACCUACACUCCCUUGCCUCAACGGAUGGCAUCUGCACACUCGAAAAAUGCGACACGACGAUUAAAAGAAUAUUGAAUCAGAAAUGA